ACGUUUUAUACCCCCCAAUUCCCAAUCUUUUCCAAUCUUUCUGGAAACUUGCUGUUUUUACGCACUUUUACACUUACCUACCUAGGUAUUUGAUUUCUACAGGAUUUGCCAACAUGGAACCCGCCGCGCAUCCCAAGCGAGCCGUAAGCGACCUUCCCAUCCCAAACCAUCGAACACCAACUAACACACCCUUCAGCGUGCCGAUGAAUGGAAACUCGAACAAGGCCUCGCCCCCCGCAUCCCCGACGCAGGCUCCUCCUACGACACCGCCGAAACAAUCCAACUACGCCACGCCUCCGUCAAUGCCGCAUGCGGCGUGAACCCCAACGUCGACUUCGCCGACGAGAAGGAGGGAUGGCGCGGGUACAUCGAGUGGGAAAAGUAUCCCGAGAAGAAAGCCAAGGCCGCGGCCGUCAUGGCGAAUUUCAAGUUCCCUCCCCCGCCGGAAUUCCAGCUCGGUCCCAUUCCCGAUUCGAAUCCCGUGCUGGAGGGCGUGCGGUGGAAGUUGUGGCAUAAGGCCCUCGGGGGACCGCUGGAGUAUAUCCCGGAGGAGAGUUGGAAGAGGGUGCUUGAGGAGAAACAUGGGGAUUUUUUGCAUCUGUUGCAGUUUCCUUAUAAUGGGGAGUCACCAAAGGUAUUUAUUUCAUCCUUUUGAAGUCGAGUAUUCAUGUUUACAAGUUGUGAACUAAUAAAUGAACAGAGUCUGACGACUUUGGAACCUGUGACUCCCAACCCACUGCACUUUGUCCGAAAUCAUGGUGGAAUUCCCGAUAUCGACGCCGACAAACUGACCCUUGAAAUCGACGGACUGGUCAAGAACCCCAAGACUCUGACUCUGGCAGAUCUCCAGAAUGAAGAGUUGUUCCCUCGGCAAUCAAAUCUCGUUACCAUCCAAUGCAGUGGCACGAGAAGAAUCGAGCAAAUUGCCGAGUAUGCGGGAGAGGGAGAUGAAAUGAUCAAUGCUCCAUGGGCUGAAGGCGCAAUUGGAACAGCUCGAUGGACAGGAGUCAGUCUGAAAAAAGUCAUCAAGUAUUGUGGUGGAUUAGCCGAGGGAGCCAAACACCUUGAAUUCUACGGAGCAGAUACAUAUUUCAAACACGUAAGUCUCCCCCCUUCCUUCCCUAGCACAAACUAACACCCCGCUCAGGAAACACUACAAAACUACCUCGUCUCAGUCCCCUGGUCCAAAGUAAAAGCCAACGAAGUCCUGCUCGCCUGGGAAAUGAACGGCGAGCCCCUCCCCAAGAUCCACGGCUACCCUCUGCGCGUCGUGGUCCUAGGCUACAUCGGCGCCCGCUCCGUGAAAUGGCUCUAUCGGAUCAAAGCUCUCAAGUCCCCCUCUCGAGCACCCGUCCAAUCGAAGGAAUACCUCUAUUUCAACGGCCAGGUCGGGAAGCACAAUGAAUCCUACACGCAGGGGAUCCAAAUCCAACAGAUGCCCGUGAGUAGUGCCAUCAUGUCACCCUGGACGAAAGACGUCGUUAUUCAUGAUGGAACCAUGAAUGUGAAAGGAUGGGCCUACUCCGGCGGUGGGAGAUGGCCCGAACGCGUGGAGGUGAGUCCCGAUGGGGGAUUCGUAUGGUAUCCCGUGCCCGUCGAGAACCUAUCGAAGAAACACAAGUUCGCAUGGAGAACGUGGCAUAUCGAUGUCCCCGUCGAUGCGGAGGGGUGGUUGGAACUCGUCGUCAGGUGUUGGGAUAACUCGCUUAAUACCCAACCGACGUAUGUGCGGAGUGCGUGGAAUUGGGGCCUGCAUGUGACGAGUAGUUGUCAUCGCAUCAAGGUGUACAGCGUGAAUACUUCGAAACCCGCGACGAAGAAGAGGAUGCAGGAGUUCAAGGAUCGGGGUGUGCCGUUUGAGCCGAUGACUAGACCGACGGAGUUUGCGACUCAGUCGGAUGAGGAUUAUGAGGCUUAUUGGGAGAAGCAUGAUCCGAGGGAUGUUGAGGAUUAGGUUAUGGGUGAGGCGUGGAAAUUUAACCGUCUCAAACUUGUGGAAUUUGUGUGGAUAUUAGG